CAGAGUGCCAAAUUGGGACACUUGAGCGGAGUGAUUUCUCAAAUAGAUCGGCAUUUAACUUUGUUGAAGAGGUCGGGAAGAAUUUUAGAUUUCACGGGAGAAGAAAUUUGAGUUUAAAACUAGGAUUUUCACUUAGCAGUCUGGAUUAUACACCACAAAAGAAUCACAUAUGUUAGGAAUAAAUACUGGAUAGUACUUCUGGCGCAGCUAUGUUGCAUAGGUUGGGUGUUCUUGCACUAGUUUUAGUGUUAAGUUUUGCAGUGAUUGUAAAAGCUGUACCAUCCUGCACCCCCAAUCCAUGUAACCACGGUGCUGUAUGCAAGCUCAAUUCACAGGGUGAUGCAUUUUGCGAUUGCCCGGAACAAUACUUUGGGGAUUACUGCCAGCACGUCAACCCAUGCCAAUCAGAACAACAGAUGUGCUUAAAUGGUGGGACCUGCUAUGUUGACGAAACGAAACCAGAUAUCAAACCUAUCUGUACAUGCGCUAUAGGCUUCACUGGUUCUAUGUGUGGUGUCCAGGAUGCGGCCAGUGCAUGCUAUGACAACCCGUGCCAGAAUGGAGGAACUUGCACCUUACUGGGCAGCCUCACCCAGUACCAGUGCUCAUGUAUUUCGGGGAGAAUGGGGACUUAUUGUGAACUGGUAGACUAUUGUUCCACUCAGCCCUGUAGGAAUGGAGGCACCUGUCAGUCCCUGGCCUCAGGCUACAAAUGUACAUGUCCCCCUGGCUUUAAUGACCCCACGUGUACCAGUGAUAUCAACGAGUGUAUGAUGGAAGGCUUCCUGUGUCAAAAUGGAGGCACUUGUCAGAACACUCGUGGUAGCUACAAGUGUCUAUGUACUGCCGAUUAUGCUGGAUCACGUUGUGAGUUCCCUUUCGUACCAUGUGACCCAUCUCCUUGCCAGAAUGGAGGCAUCUGUCGAAAGACGGGAGAGCUCACAUUCACGUGUGACUGCCCUUCAGCUUUCACGGGAUCAGAAUGUGAAACUAAUCGCAAUGACUGUGUGGACCAUCAGUGCCAGAAUGGAGGGAGCUGUAUCGAUGGCAUCAACUCCUACACCUGUAGAUGUACAAACAAAUGGAGAGGUCAGUACUGUGAGAUAGAUGUUGAUGAAUGUCAGGCUAGGGACAACCCAUGCAAGAAUGGAGGGACGUGUAGGAACGAACUUGGGGGAUACCUUUGUAUCUGCGUCAAUGGAUGGACUGGAGAUGAUUGCACAGAGAAUAUAGACGAUUGUGAUAUCCAGCCUUGUUAUAAUGGAGGGACUUGUCAUGACAGAGUGGGUUACUAUUUCUGUGAGUGCCCCACUGGAAAGAAAGGAUUGCGCUGCCACUUGGAUGAUGCAUGUAUCAGUUCCCCAUGUAAUGCUGGUGCAGUGUGCGAUACGUCUCCCAUCAAUGGGGCCUUCAUCUGUUCAUGUAGGGUCGGAUACUCUGGAAUUGCAUGUUCGGAGGACAUCAAUGAAUGCGACGCAAGUUACAUUUCACCCUGUGAGCAUGGAGGAACGUGUGUUAAUGUCCCAGGAUCAUUUCGCUGUGACUGCGUCCUGGGUUUUGCUGGGCCUCGCUGUGAAACAAACAUCAAUGAGUGUGCCAGCUCUCCCUGCCAGAAUGAUGGCACCUGCUUGGACCAGAGAGGUGCCUUCAGAUGUGUCUGCAUGAAUGGUUAUGUUGGAAUAUUCUGCGAAGAAGACUUUGAUGAGUGUUCAUCGAAUCCAUGUCAGAAUGGAGGUGUAUGUAGUGACAGUCUUCAGAUUGCAUCGUUCAAGUGUGAUUGCCCAGAGGGCUACACUGGUGCAACAUGUUCCAUCAACAUAGAUGAGUGUGCAUCUUCCCCAUGUUUGAAUGGUGGGCGGUGUGUAGAUGAGAUCAACAGUUAUAGAUGUCAGUGCUUGCAAGGCUAUGAGGGCAUCAACUGCCAGAGGAACAAGAAUGACUGUGAGGGAGUCAGUUGCUACAAUGGUGGCAUCUGCAUGGAUGGAUUAGGAACAUUCACCUGUAAGUGUGCUGAUGGCUUCGCAGGCAACCUUUGUGAGACAGAGAUUGAUGAAUGUGCUAGCAACCCCUGCCAGUAUGGUGGAACAUGCAGAGACUACAGGAAUGGUUACAUCUGUAGCUGCCCACAAGGAACAUCAGGUCCCAACUGUGAACAGAAUGAGAAUGAAUGUGCCAGCAACCCAUGCCGUAACGGGGCCACGUGUCAGGAUGGCAUCAACAGCUAUUACUGCCUCUGUAAGGAAGGCUUUGAGGGCACCCUCUGUGAGAUAGACCUUGAUGAGUGCCUCUCAAACCCAUGUAGGAAUGGUGGUACCUGUACCGAUGGCAUCAAUAAGUUCUACUGUGAAUGUCCAUCUGGUUACUAUGACUACCAGUGUGAGAGUAAGAUUAAUGAAUGUGAGAGUUCCCCCUGCAUGCAUGGAGGGACAUGCGUAGAUGGCGUCAGCAGAUUUGACUGUGAGUGUCCCAAUGGCUACACUGGAUUCAGGUGUCACACAGAGAUCAAUGAAUGUCAUAGCAACCCAUGCCAGCAUGGAGGAGAGUGCAUUGACCAACUGGGGACCUAUAGGUGUAAUUGUCCUGCGGGAUUCACAGGUAAAAACUGCAGCAUCAACAUCAAUGAAUGCAGCAGCAACCCAUGUACCUCAGGUAACUGCAUAGACCUGGUGGAUGACUACAGGUGUAUCUGUGAGCCACCAUUCACUGGCAAGAACUGUGACAUUGAGAUGGAUCCAUGUAAUCCAAAUGAGUGCCAGAAUGGAGCACAGUGUGUAGCUGAGAGAAACUAUGAAGACUUUACAUGUAACUGCCCACUUGGAUUCUCUGGUCGUCUAUGUACACAAGACAUUGAUGAGUGUGAGGACUCGCCGUGUCGCCAUGAUGGUGUCUGCGUCAACCACAGGGGGUCCUACGAGUGUCAGUGUCCCCGAGGAUACACUGGCAAACACUGUGAGACAAACCCCGAUGACUGCAUAUCAGACCCCUGCGCGAAUGGUGGAACCUGCAGGGAUGAGAUAGGAGGCUACACGUGCCUCUGCGUGGAGGGUUUUGGUGGUCAGCAUUGCAAUGAUGAUAUUGACGAAUGUUCUUCAAAUCCUUGUCAACAUGACGCAACUUGCCACGAUUAUGUGAACUCGUACACAUGCACAUGUCAAGCUGGCUACAGUGGAGUGCAGUGUCACACAAACGAUGAUGAUUGUACUUCAAGCUCCUGCCUCUAUGAUGGCACCUGCAUUGAUGGUGAGAACUCAUACACAUGCGUUUGUGCUCCUGGCUACACAGGGAGUAACUGUCAGACACAGAUCAAUCCAUGCGAUGAUGACCCAUGUAGAUCAGGAGGCACCUGUUUCAAUGUAGAUGGAUCUUUCGAAUGUCACUGUCCAUAUGGCUUCAAUGGUCCACUCUGUGAGAGCUAUGUGGAUUGGUGUUCUCAGAGCCUUUGUCGCAAUGGGGCAUCAUGCAACCAGGCUGGCAACCAAUUUGAAUGCAGCUGUAGAUCUGGAUGGACUGGGGCCCUCUGUGAUGUUAGAAUGGUCUCAUGUGCAGUUGCCGCAGCUAAUAAAGGUGUCUCUGUGGAGCAGCUUUGUCAGAAUGGCGGGACAUGCUCGAACUUUGCCAAUGAGCAUCGCUGUCUCUGUAGCCCAGGGUACACUGGGAGUUACUGUGAGACAGAGAUACAGGAAUGUGAGUCCACCCCAUGUUUGAAUGGAGGAACCUGCAGAGAUCUGAUCAAUUACUACGAGUGUGCCUGUCCCCCAGGAUACCAGGGAAUGAACUGUGAGUUUGAUAUUGAUGAUUGUGCUAAGGAGCCUUGUCAAAAUGGCGCUACAUGUCAUGACCUAGUGAACGCAUUCCACUGUUCAUGCCCACAUGGAGCUAUGGGAAUGCUUUGUGAGAUUAAUAUAGAUGACUGCCUGGAAGGGUCAUGCUAUCAUGGUGGGACCUGUGUUGAUGAGGUAGGAGGCUAUGAGUGUAUAUGUCCUGCUGGCUACGUGGGUAAGCGCUGUGAGGGUGAUGUCAACGAGUGUUUGUCCAACCCAUGUUCAAGUGAGGGCACCAUGCAUUGUGUACAGCUAGUGAAUGACUAUAGAUGCGACUGCAAGCCAGGCUGGGUGAAUAAACACUGUGAAACCAAGCGAGACUACUGCGCCAACAACCCCUGUCAGAAUGGAGGAGUCUGCACCAAUGGACAGCAUGGACCUGUCUGUCAAUGCCAACCUGGAUACUCAUGUGAAUUAUGCGACUGUAUGAAUUCUGACUGUGCUAGUGAUCCGUGUCAGAAUGGAGGACGCUGCUUGCCAAGCCACAGUGGCGGCUACACAUGUGAUUGCCCAUCAUGCACCUCUGGGAAACAUUGUGAGAUUGACGCAGUUGACGAGUGUGGUGACCUUAAUCCAUGUAAACACGAGGGUGUCUGCUACGAUAAAAUUUGUAAAUACGAGUGCUGGUGUACUAAGACAUGGGCAGGGCAAAACUGUGAGCUGUUUGAUCCAAACUUUCCUGGUGGUAUAGGGGGAGACUACACCCCUGCCCCCACCACUCCCAUUCCCAUAGAAACUCAGAGAGAGGAGUGUGAACAGAACAAAUGUGAUGAGAAAGGAUACAAUGGCAAAUGUGAUGUGGAAUGUAAUACAUACGCCUGUGGCUUUGAUCAUGGCGAAUGUACAUAUGGUCAGCAGAUAUUCAAGAACUGUUCUGCAAGAUCAAACGGCCGCCACUGCUGGGAUGUGUUUAACAAUAACGAGUGUGAUGAAGCAUGUAACAACCGCGAUUGUUUGUUUGACGGCUAUGACUGCAGUCAGCCAACUGAGUCGUGUAACCCAGUCUACAAUGCCUACUGCAUGAAUCACUAUGACAACGGCCAUUGUGACAUUGGGUGUAAUACUGAGGAGUGCAACUGGGACGGUCUCGACUGUGAAGAAGGUGAUGAGGAACUAGCUGAAGGCAUCAUGGUCCUCAUUGUUGGAGUCUCACCCGAAGCUUUCCUAAACACUGCCACUGCUUUCCUCCGUAAGCUUGGUCAUCUAUUGAAAACAACAGUGAGAAUUAAGAAAGACUCGGAAGGCAAACUUAUGGUGUUCCCUUACCCAGAUGAUACAGUACCAAAUAGGGUGAAACGUGCGUUGUCAUCAUACUUUGCUAGAGGACGCCGCAGUAAACGAGAUGUGAACCCCACCCCCACAGGCAUGGUCCCCAUGCAGAGUAAAGUUUAUCUGGUACUUGACAAUAGGAAGUGUCAUGAGUUUUAUGAAGACUGUAUCCAGACAUCUGAAAAAGCUGCGGAGUUCCUGGCAGCUGCAAUAAAACAUGGUUGGGAUCCUUCCGUACCCAUAGAGGAAAUCACAUCUAUAGGAAAUAAGCCAGCGCCAACCAGCGAUUCACAUUAUAUGCAGAUUACAAUUGGUAUCAUUGGUGGUCUGAUCUUCAUCCUGAUUAUAUUGGGAGUUCUUGUGGUUAACAAUCGUCGCAAAACUAGAGCUACAACAUGGUUCCCCGAGGGAUUUCUCAGAAUAGGUGGCAGCAGUGAACCCCACAAUGCACCAAGACGAGGACCAGAAGGCGAUGAGAUGAAAAAUGUGAAGCCUCCCCAACAAUCACAAAUGGAUGGUCUUGACCAUAUUGACAACCAGCGACUCCCUAGUGGCGUCUGGAGUGAUGACGAGUCUCCAACUGGGCCACGUCCAAAACGUAUCAAGAUUGAGCAUGAGCCUCGUAUUGAGAUGGAUACAAGAGAGUGGACGGACCAGCACCGUGCGGCUGCAGGUUACCCACCAGUACCUACCAACUCUAUCAUGGACAUGACCCCACCCCAACAAGAUGACCACAUGGAGAAAGAUGAUGUAGAUGUCAGAGGACCAGAUGGCAUGACACCAUUGAUGGUAACACUGUACCGCAGCAAAGACAACACAUCCAAGGACAAUGCCUCUACAGGAACAGAGGAGUCGGAAAGCACGUCAGCCUCUGGAUCAGCUGAGGGUGGGGAGGACGAUGGCGCUGGAGCAAUUAUUGCUGACCUCGUGAACAAGGGAGCAGAUAUUAAAAAAUGUACUGACAGAAAUGGUGAAACUCCCCUUCAUCUUGCAGCCAGGUUUUCACGAGCCGAUGCUGCCAAGAGGCUCCUGGAUGCUGGUAGUGACCCCAACUUUGUUGAUAACACAGGGAGGACACCUCUUCAUGCAGCUGUGGCCAGUGAUGCCCAAGGGGUCUUCCAGAUCCUUUUACGCAACAGAUCCACUAAUCUUGAUGCCAAGAUGUACGAUGGAGCAACCCCAAUGAUUCUGGCCUCCAGACUUAACAUAGAGGGGAUGGUAGAAGACCUUAUUAAAGCAGAGGCAGACAUCAAUGCCAGUGAUGAUAAAGGAAAGACAGCCCUGCACUGGGCGGCAGCUGUAAACAAUAUUGAAGCUACCAGGGUGCUGCUAACUCAUGGAGCAAACAGAGAUGCUCAGGAUGCACAGGACCAAACCGCACUAUUCUUAGCUGCACGGGAAGGCAGUUAUGAGGCUGCUAGCACUCUCCUGGAACACUAUGCCAACCGUGACAUCACAGAUCACAUGGAUCGUCUACCCCGGGAUAUUGCUGGAGAGCGCAUGCACAAUGAUAUUGUUCGUCUCCUGGAUAAUUAUCGACUGGAGAGCCCAAGUAUGUGUGGCAUGGCACGAUCUCCACAAGUGUGUUCCCCGCCAUAUCUAAUGCAGCAGCAGAAGCACAAGAAGCGACGCAGUUCAAAGCAUAGUUCGAGUAGCAGCUCAAAUCCUAACACCCCUGUCAAGGAUGUGGGGGGUCCCCUCUCACCGCGGGGGGUGCAGAAGAAGGUGCGUAAGAAGAAGGCCGCAAGGCACAGUACGUCAGGGCCUAAUGGACAGUCCACUAGUAGUGGGGAUGGGGCAUCACAGGGGGCACUAUCACCUCAAACAUCUAUGGAUCUCCCCCCAUCUUAUGAAAGUGCAUGUAACGCACAUUUAGUGCUGUCCCAAGCAAACAUUCAUUCAUCUAUAGACCAGCAGAUUCCUGUUAGUUGUGCAAUGUCUCAGAAUGGACUAGAUGAGCAUAUUAUAAACUCUAGCCACCAGAUGGCAGGUCAGCAUAUGACCCCUCCGCAGGAGCAGGAAUGGAUUGAUUAUGAGGCGGCACUUGCUGCUGCCAAUCAUCUUGCGGGUCAACGUCAAUCCCCCAUCACCUCCCAGGACAGCCCUGCAAGCCAACCAACCAUGUCCCCACAUAGCCAUAUGGCAAUGUCACCCCCUACUACCAUGGCCAUUACCACUUCACCACCAAACCACAUGGCAAUGUCACCUGUGAAACAGAAAUCAUUGCCAACAUCGCCCGCUCACCAUCAGGCGAUGAUGCAACAUGCUGCACAUAACCAGUUCAACCAGGUCCCCAGUCCACAGCGAUACAUGGGAGAUUUUCACUUCGUUCGGACUGACCAGGUGGGCAUGCCGGAGAACAUUCCGUUUGUAGGCCAAGUUCCUGAGAGUGGUCGGCAACAGAAGAUAUCUAGCCUCCCUCAGCAGCCACAACAGGUGUCCCAGCAACAGUAUGAUCCACCUUACCCCCUCUUAGAGCAAUACCCCACCCCUCCCUCACAACACAGUCACAUCAGUGACAGUCCCCCACAACAGGUACCCCCAUUUACCCACCUACCAGAUUAUCUAACCCCCUCCCCAGACUCCCCAGGGGAGUGGUCUAGCUCAUCUCCCCACUCUGCAAACUCUGAUUGGUCAGAAGGAAUCUCGAGCCCGCCCCAACCUGUUACCAACACUCAACAACCAUCCAAUCAACCACCUAGGAAAGAAAACGCUAUCUAUAUAUAAAAUACAUGGCUCAAUCCUUCUGGGGAAGCUAUAAACAUGAUAUUGCUACAAGCAGAUAUAUACCGAACUCACAAAGAGAUGUGAGACAGUGUACAACUCCCAAUUAUAGCUCUGUGAAGGGGUCCUCACAUUGGCAUGGGUAGGACCUCUUGAAAGAGUAACAAUAGGUGUGAAGUACACUGAUAUUUGUGAUACAUAGAGACACUAAAGUGCCUAUAUAUUAACAUAAUCAUCCAUCAGUGAAAUCCAUAGGGAUAUAAAGAGAAUAUGGGCUAGGACAAGCCAAUAUAGGCUACAAAAAGCCAACAUAUCACAAUAUAUGUGACAUAUAAUGGACAGAAUCAAUGGAUGAAAUCCAAACAGAACUUGAGUUCAGAGACAAGUAUGCAAACCAAUGUAAAAUAACCAAUACAUACUGAAGAUAUGUGCAUAAACUCGGCCCCACUUUGUUCGGGUAUUAGCUAUCUACAUCAUUAGAGGUUGCUAAUUAAUUAUGAAUAGCUACAGCUAAUAUGUGUGGGUUAGCUCUUUUAGAACUGCCUUAUGUAGCAAUGUAAAUACGCAAAAGCUUGUUUCUAUGGCAAGUACAGAACUAUGGUAACCAUAGUUGCUAUGGUAAUAUCAGAAACAGCAAUAUAACUUGAGGCAUUUUGUUUAUAUAUGAGAUUAGAAAAAUAUAAGAGUGAUUCAUAAUUGAGAACAUGUAAAUAUACAGUGAUAUAUUUUAUAUACAAACAUUAUUAUAGUUGUCUUGCAUUUUUAUAUUAUUUGUCAUCAAACUUUAGUGUACAAAAUGAUGUGUUAAGAGUUCAUUUAUUUAGGUUUAGUUGGUCCAAUAUAUACAUUGAAAAGGGUCCAGAAUGUCAUGUUUCAUCGUAAAGAUUGAACUGUGUGCUACUUUGCACAAAAGCUUACAUAGUUUAUAGGGAAAAGUAUGCUUGCUGUGACUCCAUGUUUUCUCACACUGAGAAUAUUAAUUUUGUCUUACUAUUGUGGGCCAGGAAACUAUAACAAAUGAGUCACUCUGCUCUCUAUUAUAGCACAUUGGUUAUCUUUUAGUUCCAAAAUUAUCUGUUUGAAAUAUUUUGAUAAUAAUUUAGGUGGAAAUUUUAGUUGAUUUAUUUGUAAGGUCUAAUUAGCCUACAACACUCACACAUUUCAACAUUUAAAAAAAAUACAUUUCAAUGUCGUCAAUAUAGUCAGUUGCCAGUUUUAGUUAUAGUGGUUCAGCUAAAUGCAAUUUUUGCUAAAUGACUUCAAACGUGUGAGAUGUUGGUAUAAAACAACCAUUUUGUAUCAUCAUCGUCAUAAAAUAGAAAACUGGCAAGCUGAUUAUUAUAGCGUGGCAUCUACAUUGUAUUUUAUGGGACAUUUAUAUUAUUAAUAUAUUAUUAGACCCACCAUUUAGUUCUACAAGCCAUAGAUAGAUUCAGGUUUGUCCCAUAAAUCGCAAUGUAAAAUGUCUCGCUAUAUUGUACAAUUUGUACAUAAAUCUUACUAUAAGCUAUACUUCAUAUUGAGCCAUCUCAUAUACAUACAAAAUACAUACAUGUAAUCUGUAAAAUUUUUCACUGCUGUUUUAGUAUUUUAGAAUUUGUUUAAAAAUUAGUUAAGAUUUCAUUUAAUAACUCUGCUAUAAGUUUACAAUUUUGGUGUUCUUUGCUUUCAAUAGAAUUUAAUGGUGUUCAGUUCUACUGAAGUUUUCAUUUUAACUUAAUUUAUUAUCCUACUUAUUUAUGAUUUUACAACCCAAAUGUGCAAUUUUGAAGUGUUUGGCUGGGGCAUUUUGUUUUCAAAAAUAUUUAAACUGUCUAGUGAAUUUGAAGCAGAAUUGUCUCAGCCUGGCACUAGAGACUGGGUUAGUUUGAGAUAUCAUAACACGAGUCUUUCGUUCAUUUUAUGUUUCCUUUUAGUAAUUUGUCAAUUUAUCAUUCAUAUUUUAAUUUGGGUGAUCAUUCAAUCAUGUAUUGUUCACGGAAGGAUCAGAUCAUUCAAUCAUAUUGUACAUGGAUGGAU